AUGGCUCCCCAUUGGAGAGCAGGAGCCCAGGCUUUGGCAAUAUCUGUGGGGAUUCUGCAGUGCUUUGGAUGGCUAUCUGCUCAAACCGUAAGGACUAGUGUUGGAAUAUCUGGGAGAAAUCCCGAUCAAUCGCCAAUGUUCCACGAAAGAGUAAAGAGAGGCUGGGUGUGGAAUCAGUUCUUUGUUGUGGAGGAAUACACCGGCACAGAACCGCUGUAUGUCGGAAAGAUCCAUUCAGACUCCGAUGAAGGGGACGGAUCAAUCAAAUACACUAUCUCUGGAGAGGGGGCGGGGUCUAUUUUCAUCAUCGAUGAGGUCACCGGUGACAUUCAUGCCACAGAGAGAUUGGAUCGUGAGGAGAAAACGUUCUACACGUUGCGAGCUCAAGCAAGAGACCGGCAGACCGACGCGCCCCUCGAACCCGAGUCAGAGUUUGUCAUUAAAGUCCAAGACAUCAACGACAGCGAGCCAAAGUUUCUGGAAGGUCCAUACAUUGGAAGUGUGGCGGAACUCUCUCCUGUUGGUACUUCGGUGAUGAAGGUUAUGGCUUCCGACGCAGAUGAUCCGACCUACGGAAGCAGCGCAAGGAUAAUUUACAGCGUUCUGGAAGGAGAACGAUUCUUUACCAUUGAUCGACAAAGUGGAGUGAUUCGGACGGCCGUGGCGGAUCUCGACCGGGAAACACAGGACCGUUAUGAGCUGGUUGUCAAGGCAACAGAUAUGGCAGGCCAAAUGGGUGGUCUCUCCGGCUCUACCACGGUGACUAUAGUGAUCACGGACGUUAAUGAUAACCCUCCACGCUUCCCUCAGAAGAUGUAUCAGUUUUCGGUCUCAGAAGGGGCGGUCGUAGGGACGCCGGUCGGGCGGGUGAUAGCGACAGAUGCAGACAUGGGCGAGAACACAGAUAUGAGUUACUUGAUCAAAGACGAGGAGGGAGGGGAGCUCUUCAGAGUGUCAACGGACGGCAACACACAAGAGGCCAUCAUCACCAUCAAAAAGCCUCUAGACUUUGAAAGCAAACACACACAUAACGUGGUCGUUGAGGCCGUGAACAAACACGUGGAUCCUCGCUUUGUGGAUCUAGGGUCCUUUCGAGACCAGACCAUCGUGAGGGUCAGCGUCUCGGAUGUGGAUGAGCCCCCCAUCUUCUUCCCUCUAACUGGCACCAUCAUGGAAGUUCAAGAAGAUGCUAGAUUUGGUGCUCUUGUUGGCAUCGUGACGGCAAAAGAUCCCGACAUGGAUAAUGUUCCAGUCAGGUUCUCUAUAGACCGGAGCACAGACCAGGAGCAGAUCUUUAACAUCGAUCCUGUUACAGGCGCCAUCACUCUUGGAAAAAUAUUGGACCGGGAGACCGCCGGCUGGCACAAUAUCACGGUUACAGCAGUCGAAGCAGAUAACCAGUCCAUGGCAUCACAGACUGCUGUUCGCAUCCGCAUACUGGACAUAAACGACAACCCUCCAGAGCUCGCGACUCCUUACGAGGCCUCCAUCUGCGAGGAUGCCAAACCUGGCCAGCUCAUUCACACCAUCAGCGUUGUCGACCGGGACGAGCCACAAUCUGGACAUCGAUUCUAUUUCACACUGGCACCUGAAGCAUCCAACAACCGGCAUUUUACACUAUGGGACAUCAAAGACAACACCGCGGGUAUCAGGACGCAGCGCUCUGGAUUCAACCGUCAGGAGCAGAACGUUUACCUGUUACCCAUCCUGGUAGUUGACAGCGGCCCUCCCGCCCUCAGCAGCACGGGAACGCUCACCAUCCACGUGUGCGGCUGCGACAUGGAUGGAGCUAUCCAGUCCUGUAACACCACGGCUUACGUCAUGUCCGCGGCGCUCAGUCCCGGCGCUCUUAUCGCACUGCUGGUCUGCAUCCUCAUUCUCAUAGUCCUGGUGCUGCUCAUCUUGACCUUGAAGCGCCACAGGAAAGGUCAACGCAUGUCCGAAGACGAGGAAGACAUGCGUGACAACGUCAUCAAAUACAACGACGAAGGCGGAGGCGAGCAAGACACCCAGGCCUACGACAUGAGCGCCCUGCGCAGUCUCUACGACUUCCCAGAGGUCAAGAGCUCAGACUCGGGUCCGGACCUACGCUCGGUCCCCCAGAGGAUCCAAAACCGGGUGACCGGAGACGGAGGGCCCACGGACUUCUCCGUCUUCAAAGGCUAUAUACGCAAGAAGGUGGAGCAAGCGGACGCAGACUUAUCAGUGCCGCCUUACGACUCGUUCCAGACGUACGCUUUUGAAGGAACCAGCUCGCCCGCGCUUUCGCUUAGCUCCAUCCGUACAUUGUCGACAACAUCGGAACAGGACUUCUCCUAUCUCAGCGAUUGGGGACCUCGCUUCAGGCAACUGGCGGGAUACUACGCCCCGGCCCAACCUGAGGAGGAAGGGUCCUAGCGCCGUGGUUAUCUACUUUCGUGACCUGCUAUACCCCAUUCUCACCGACUUCUCUCGGAAGCCCCUCUCGUCGGUCUUGGAGCCAAUUUUUCUCUGUUGUCCUCGCCCGAAUUUCGGAAGUGAUAUUUUUUGGGACCCAGUCAGUUUUAAUGUCACCCGGUAUACUGUGUAAAGUGACUUCUUGUCUCGUAGAAGAGUUCAGGACAAAUAUUAAAGGGGACGAGUUUAGGGCCGUGGCACUGGGCAGAACUCCAACAUCCUCUCAUUGUCCUGUCAAUGAGAGCGAUCGGAAAACUUGGCCGUGCCAUACGCACCACGCCAGACACUCAUUGUUUACUUGUUACAUUUUGGGGGUUUUUUUUGUGCUUUCUUCAUCUUUGGAAACAAACACUUGUUACUCACCAGGAAAAGGAUGGACACAAUGGUAAACGACUUUUUAAAUACCAACGUGAAUAUAAAUGUGAAUAAAUAUGUAUUUAUUUAAAGAAAAACAGACCAAGAAAAAAAACGGGAAAAUGAUAUUUGUGUAUUUAUUGCUUUCUAUUUAUUUAUUUAUUCAUCCUGGCAAUGGGCCAAAAAAAUGGACAUGAUAUUUGACGAAUAUUGACUGUCAGGGUGACAUGCUGAAUAAACUGUGGGUGAAAAAAGGGUUGACCGAGUAACGAAAGGAUGGGUGGGAUUGUUGAAGUUUGCAAAUUAUUGGUGACACAAGUCUUGAAAAUCUUUGUAUUUAUUUUUUAGGAACUCUUUUUUGUAAAAUACGAACCAAUACUGGCUGAGAUUAAAACAAAUGUAUAUGGGGGAAAUCACACAAACGCGUGUCCAGUUCAUAUAUCACCCCAAAAUCAAGAUUAUUUAUUUUUUUUAAUAUAAUUUGCAUUAAAAAAAAAUAUUCUUUUUAGGA